AUGGCCGAGAGCGACCAGAACCUAUCUUUCACUUCCCUCAUGUCCGCCCUUCCCCCGGAGCAUAUUGUGCGGACAUUUUCACACUUCAAAGGCCUACGGCUUGGAGCUGAGCAGAUACUGAAGUCUCUAAGAGAGAAAGGAGAUGGGAACCAGUUUAUGGUCAUCCACAAUCUGUUGGCACGAAUAAUCGAAGAGCUCGACGAAGAGCACCAUAGCAGCCUCGGGGAUAUCAAUUAUCGCUUUCAAUGGGAGGGGACGACUGGACUGAUUAAAGUGGUCCCUUCAGAACGCCACGACGCAACCUCGAAUAACCUCGGUCGAGCAAUCGACAGGAAGCUUACUGCAAUGGGAAUUAGGUGGUCAGAUAUGGUCUGGGCUGGAACAUCAACCUAUAAGCCCACUGCUGGUGUAGGUAAGCAGGGGGACCAAGCAUUUUUACCACCAGCUCGCUGCCCUAAUGGACUUCCAAGUGGGUCAUGGCCGACGUUUGCCAUCGAGGCAGGCGUUUCAGAAUCCAUCAGUCGGCUUCGUGAAGACGCUAGGAGAUGGUUUAUCAUUUCCGAGGGUCUGGUGCGCAUUGUCAUCAUCGUCUCGAUUAAGUCGAGCCAGGUCACGUUUGAAAGAUGGCAACUAGCUCCUAGCAAUGCUCCACGCCCACUCACUCGAGCAUAUCUUAGUACACUCCGCGCACAAACCCCCAAUAUCCCUCCCCUUACCAUCCAACCAAAUACCAGUCAGCAGCCAUACUCAGUACAGGAGGUCUACGUCGAGCCUAACAGAGUUAUCGGGGCCCCGCUAGUCAUCCCAUUCGUCGCUAUUUACGACCGACUCCCAGGACCAGGCGAGUAUGACAUCCUUCUUAACGCACAGGAUUUUCUUGAAAUCACGGAGAAGUUAUUCUGA